AUGUCGACGACGACGACGACGACGAUGCGUCGCGUCGUUCGCGUCUUCGCCGGCGCGAAGGGCGGCGGCGGAAAGAAGUCCACCCCGCCGGGAGCGAACCCGUUCGGCGACCUCGCGUCGCUGAAGUCGUCCUUGCCCGCGGCGUCGAACGCCGCGAAGGAGGCCACCGAGCGGUCGUCGUCGUCGUCGUCGUCCUUUUCGUCGAUGACGCGGAUGAGCGAGUCCGACGCCGUCGCCGCGCUGUCCAAAGGCGGCGCGAUGAAAGCCGAGCGCGCGAAGUCAAAAUCAUCGAAGACCACCGCCGCGCCGACGCGAGGCGGCGGCGCGAAGAAGCCCCCCAACGCGAUCGGCGCGGGCGCGGGCGCGAGCGUCGGCGUCGACAUCGCCGCGCAGAGAGUCCGCGUCGGCGUCACGCGGAGCGGCACGAAGGGAAAGACCGUCACCGUGAUCGACGCGUUCGCGCCGCCGGGGGGGAAAGACGCCGCGAAGGAGAUCGCGCAGAAAUUUAAGAAGGUGCUCGGGUGCGGCGGGAGCGUCGCGGAGAACGGCGCGAUGACGUUCCAGGGCGACGUCGCGGCGACGGUGAUGGAGAUGUUACGCGCCAUGGGGUACGCGUCCGCGACGCAGACGGGCGGGCCGGGCGCGAACGCGCCGAAGAAGAAGAAGUGA